AUGGCUGCCAGGAGCCGAACAACCCCUGACCACCGGCUUCAUGGGAAGAAACACGACUCUGAUGCAGCAGCCUCCAUCUCCACUUCCAGUUCGAGUUCGAUCUCCCUCUUCCGACCCUUGAAAUUGCUCCGCCGCAGACGCGUGGUCCUUGCCCUAGUGACAUUAUGGCUCCUCUAUUUGUUCUUCAAGAACAUGCCGACCGAUGUUCCAACUGUUGGCCAGCGUUACGACCCUCGAUUUGGCCGACUGACCCCUGGUCCUGCUGGCCCUGAUCAAGUGCCGCUCAAAAAUAAUCGCCAGUCUGCAAAGCUUUGGAAUGAUGAGCAAGGCUAUGAAGGUCCCAUCAGAUUUCUUGAAUUGGGAAGCACUUUACGGCGUGCGCUCCACAAACCAUCCUUGCAGGGCAAUGUGCUCUUUGCGGUCUCCAAGCUUGAUAAUGUUCCUCGAGUCCUUCCACUUGCUUGCUCCAUGGCCCGCAAUAACCGUACUCGUGUCCAUUUCGCAUUUAUGGGUCGUCAGUCGGGGAAAUGGGACGAAAUUCUGGCCUUGAACGGGCUUGAGGAGGCUGAUUGUGCCCUAUACCUUCACGAUGCGCGGCCAGAUUAUGCUGCUGAAUCUUCGAUUAACAGACUAGACAUCAGUGCUCGGGCGAGUCUGGGUCAUAUGCAUUCAGCUCUCCAGCUCAGUACGGUCUUCGUAGGAGACUCAGACUCUGAAGGAGAGUUCCUGGUAGACGCCUUGAGAGAAAAGGCAUCUUCUAUAGGACUUUCGACAAUCGUCAUCCCCACUGGUGGUUUGGCAGGUAUGUCGUGGAUUUCAUCAUUAAACGCUCGGUCAUUGAGUUACUCGAGCGACAUGAGCGUUGAGAUCAUCAUCCACGCUCAGAGCGAAGCCUCUGCAAAUCUCGUGCGUCUGAUGCGUUCCGUCAAAGAAGCAGAUUAUUCUGGUUGGGCUCUUCCCCGGGUGACUAUAGAACUUCCCGCACGCGUCGAUCCUUUUCUCACACAGUUUCUUUCAAAUUUUCAAUGGCCCCCAGGCGACUACGCAAGUGAAAGUAAAUUGGUUCUACGACGCCGCAUCGACUCCAAGCCCAUUUCUGCUGUACAAGCGUCACUUGGAACCCUCGAGUCGUAUUUUCCUGCUGUUCCAGAGAAAGCUCACCUAUUGGUACUCUCUCCCGAUAUGGAGCUGUCGGCAGGCUACUUUCAAUACUUGAUGUAUGCGAUACUCGAACACCGAUAUUCAUCACAAGAAGCAGGCGAGUCCUUGAUGGGGAUUUCGCUCGAAUUGCCUAUGUUUGCGCCUGAUGCAACGACCAAAUCGCCGUGGGUGGCGCUGAAGAUUUCCGAUGCAUUGGUGUCCUGGCAGGCGCCAAGUUCGAACGCUGGACUGUAUUUCGGAGACAAAUGGGUGGAAAUGCACUGGUUUCUCACGCAAAGGCUUUUGGCGGACCCAGAACUGGUCAAGAAGAGUCGUGCAUCUCCAGUCCUUUCACAUGAUUAUCCCGGUUGGCUCCAUUUCGCCCUCGAACUGAUGCAAGCGAGGAACUACUACAUGCUGUAUCCCCGGUUUAUACAGAGUGGAAACGAGGUGAUGGCGACCUUACACAAGGAACUUGCUCACCGGCCUGAGGAAUAUGGGGAGGUUGACAAGAAAUCUUUGGGGAAUGCCGGAGAGCAGUCUUCGGGUAUGCUCUCUGAAGGUAUUCUCACGGCUGAUAAGGAGGUGAAACGAUUAUUGCAACAGGAACGCAGAUUAUCGGCUGAUUCACUGGUGAUGUCACUUCUCGAUACCAGUCGAUCCAAAGGGCAGGAAAAGGGGAGCCAGACGAACGACAUACCUAUGAUAUCCUUUUAUGGUGAACAAAUGGCGGCAAGCGAAUCGGUGAAAGAUUCGUGGAAAUUUGCAGCCGAAUUUGCUCGUGAUGUUGCAGGUUGUUCGAGUCAGUUGGCGGAAGAAAAGGAUCAGACUCCCAGCAUUGAGUCUUUGUUUUGUCUCUCCGCCAGUUGA